UCUUCGCCUUCCCGAAGCGAUUUUUCAUCUCCUCCGUUGGGUUCUCUCCGAAAGUUGCCGUAGUUAAAAAAAAAAAAGAGCGUCCAAAGUUAUCGGAGAGAUCCAACGUUAGGGCACGAAAAGAUGCCCUUGUUUAUGCCAGACGAUGAGCUUGCGCGGCUAUCAAACGACGCCGCGUCGGUGGUUGCAGAGAGAGCCGACGAGUACAUCCGGAAGCUGUACGCCGAGUUGGACAGUGUACGUGCCAAGGCCGAUGCUGCUUCCAUCACGGCGGAGCAGACGUGCUCGCUUCUCGAGCAGAAGUACCUCUCGCUCUCUCAGGAUUUCGCGUCGCUUGAAUCUCAGCAUGCGAAGCUUCAGUCUGAUCUCGAUGAUCGGUUAUCUGAGCUCGCACAGUCUCAGGCGCAGAAGCACCAGCUUCAUUUGCAAUCGAUUGAGAAGGACGGAGAGUUAGAGAGGAUGACGACGGAGAUGUCAGAGCUGCAAAAGUCCAAGAGGCAACUGAUGGAGUUGCUGGAGCAGAAAGAUUCUGAGAUUAGCGAGAAGAACUCUAAUAUCAAGAGCUAUUUGGAGAAGAUUGUUAAGCUGACUGACGCUAGUUCGGAAAAGGAGUCUAGAUUUGCUGAAGCAAGCGCUGAAUUGGCACGUUCGCAAGCUAUGUGCUUUCGUUUGUCUCAGGAGAAAGAGCUUAUGGAAAGGCAUACUAAGUGGCUUGAUGAGGAGUUAACAUCUAAAGUUGACAGUUAUGCUGAACUCCGUAGGAGGCAUUCUGAUCUCGAGGCUGAAAUGUCGGCGAAGCUUGUGGACGUUGAGAAAAAUUAUAAUGAAUGCUCUAGUUCGUUGAAUUGGCAUAAGGAAAGAUUGAGAGAGCUCGAAACGAAGAUUACUUCAUUACAAGAGGAACUCAGCUCGUGCAAAGAUGCAGCAACGACGACUGAAGAGCAAUACAGUGCUGAACUUCUCACUGCAAACAAGCUUGUUGAGCUGUACAAGGAAAGUUCGGAGGAAUGGUCUAGAAAGGCUGGGGAACUUGAGGGUGUCAUUAAGGCCUUAGAGGCACGCUUGAGCCAAGUCGAGAGUGGGUAUAAACAUAGACUUGAGAAAGAAAUGUCUACGAACCAGAAGUUGGAGAAGGAGAACGAAGACAUUAAACAAAAACUUGAGAAGUGUGAAGCAGAAAUUGAGAAAACUCGAAAAACAGAUGAGCUAACGCUUAUACCUUUCAGCAGUUUCACAAGAGGGGUUGACAUUUCUGGGACCAGCAACAUGAUAGUGGAAAGCCAUGAAAUAAUUUCCAAGGUUCCUGCUGGUGUGUCAGGAACAGCACUGGCAGCUUCACUCCUACGUGACGGAUGGAGUCUGACCAAAAUUUAUGAGAAGUAUCAAGAGGCUGUUGAUGCUAUGAGGCAUGAGCAAUUAGGUCGAAAGGAAGCGGAGUUGAUACUACAACGGGUUUUAUCCGAACUAGAAGAGAAAGCUGGGUUCAUCCAAGAGGAAAGAGGUGAGCAUGAGCGUUUGGUUGAAGCUUACUCUCUAGUCAGUCAAAAACUUCAGGAUUCUGUCUCUGAACAAUCAAAUAUGGAGAAAGUCAUCAUGGAGCUAAAGGCUGACUUGAGGAGGCGGGAACGUGAAAAUAUUCUGUAUCAGAAAGAUAUAUCUGACCUACAGAAGCAGGUAACGAUACUACUGAAGGAGUGUCGUGAUGUCCAACUUCGCUGUGGAGCUGCCGGGGAUGAGGAAGAAGAUGAUACUCAGCUUUCUGAUGUUGAGAUGGAUAUGGAAUCUGAAGCUGAUAAAAUAAUUUCAGAGCAUCUUUUGAAGUUUAAAAAUAUAAAUGGAUUAGUUGAGCAGAAUGUUAAGCUCAGGAAUCUUGUUCGUAGUCUCUCAGAGCAGAUUGAAAGUAGGGAAACGGAGCUGAAGGAGAAGUAUGAGAUAGACCUGAAGAAAAAGACUGAUGAAGCUUCUUCCAAAGUAGCCAUCGUGCUAGAAAGAGCCGAAGACCAGUGUAAAAUGAUUGAAUCACUGCACGCAUCUGUUGCAAUGUAUAAACGACUAUAUGAAGAGGAACAGAAACUUCAUUCAUCUAAUUCUCUUUCUUCAGAUCCGCCUCCAGAUGUAGUGCCAGGAAGGAAGAACUUCUUACAUCUGCUUGAGGAUUCGCAGGAAGCUACUAAGAGAGCCCAAGAAAAAACAUUUGAACGCAUUCGAAGUCUGGAAGAAGAUUUAGCGAAGGCUAGGAGUGAUAUAAUUGCGAUAAGGUCUGAACGGGAUAAGUUGGCCAUGGAGGCAAAUUUUGCUAGGGAAAAACUAGAAGGCAUCAUGAAAGAAUCUGAACGCAAGAGGGAAGAAAUGAACAGUGUUUUGGCAAGAAACAUAGAGUUCUCGCAGCUGAUCAUCGACCACCAACGGAAGUUACGUGAGAGUUCUGAGUCUCUGCAUGCAGCGGAAGGGAUUUCUAGAAAAUUAUCUAUGGAGGUAUCGGUUCUUAAACAAGAAAAAGAGGUGUUAUCAAAUGCUGAGAAAAGAGCCUCUGAUGAGGUUUCUGCUUUAUCUCAGAGAGUUUAUCGCCUUCAGGCUACCUUGGAUACUAUCCAGAGUACAGAGGAAGUUCGUGAGGAAGCAAGAGCUGCCGAGAGAAGGAAACAAGAGGAGCAUAUCAAGCAACUUGAGAAAGAAUGGGCUGAAGCUAAAAAAGAAUUGCAAGAAGAAAGGAGCAAUGCGCGGAAUAGCACUUCGGACCGCAAUCAAACUUUGAACAAUGCUGUUAGGCAGGUCGAAGAAAUGGGGAAAGAAUUGGCUAAUGCCUUGAAGGCUGUCUCGGCAGCAGAGUCCAGGGCUUCUGUGGCUGAGGCUAGACUUUCUGAUUUGGAGAAGAAGAUAAGAUCUUCAGAUCCUAAGGUUCGUGAUAUGGAGAGUGGUGGAGUCGUCUCUCUUUCUGAUAAUGAGAUAUCCAUAGACCUGCAUACUGCUAAGGAAGAAAUGGAAAAGUUGAGGGGAGAAGUAGAAUCUAGCAAAAGCCACAUGCUUCAGUACAAGAGUAUAGCUCAGGUGAAUGAAACAGCUUUAAAGCAGAUGGAAUCUGCCCAUGAGAACUUCAGAAUUGAGGCUGAAAAGACACAGAAAUCGUUGGAAGCAGAGCUUGUUUCUCUUAGGGAAAGGGUUUCAGAACUUGAAAACGACUGUAUACAGAAAUCGGAGCAAAUAGCCAAUGCUGCUGCAGGAAAAGAAGAUGCUCUUGUAUCAGCAUCAGCUGAAAUUGCAAGCCUGAGAGAAGAAAGCUUAGUUAAAAGUUCCCAAAUCGAAGCAAUUAAUAUCCAGAUGUCCAUUUUGAAAAAUGACCUGGAGAAGGAACAUGAGAAAUGGCGUGUUGCUCAGAGAAAUUAUGAAAGACAGGUUAUUCUGCAGUCUGAAACUAUUCAAGAGCUUACGAAAACAUCACAGGCUUUGGCUUCCCUUCAAGAGGAGGCAUCUGAACUUCGUAAAUUGGCUGAUGCAAGGGGAACGGAAAUUUCCGAGCUUACCUCCAAGUGGAGUGAAGAGAAAUUUAUGUUAGAGCAGCAAAAGAAUCUAGCGGAGAAGAAGUAUCAUGAUCUCAACGAACAGAACAAAAUACUGCAUAGCCGACUUGAGGCUAUGCAUCUUCACUCGGCUGAGAAAGAUAGCCGUUCUGGAAAAAUAUCAUCUGAAAGCACUGGCUCAGAUCAACUUGGAGAUUCUGGUUUGCAAAGUGUAGUUAAUUAUUUGCGCAGAACGAAGGAAAUAGCUGAAACAGAGAUAUCACUUAUGAGACAGGAAAAAUUACGGUUGCAAUCGCAACUUGAGAGUGCCGUGAAGAUGGCAGAGUCUGCCCGGGGUUCACUUAAUGCUGAGCGUUCCAGUUCAAGGGCCUCAUUAUUGACUGAGGAUGAAAUCAAAUCUCUUCAGCUUCAGGUCAAUGAGAUGAACUUGUUCCGUGAAAGCAACAUGCAACUCAGGGAGGAAAACAAACACAAUUUUGAGGAGUGCCAGAGACUGCGUGAAGUAUCUCAAAAGGCUAGGACAGAUUUCGAAAACUCAGAAAAUCUAUUGAAGCAAAAGCAAACGGAGUUAGACUUGUGUAUGAAAGAGACGGAAAGGCUAAGGAAGGAGAUAGAUCUUCAAAAAAGGAGGGUUGAUGAGUUGCGAGAGACGUAUAAAAACAUUGAUGUUGCUGACUACAAUCGCCUCAAAGAUGAAAUGCGGCAAUUCGAGGAGAAACUGAAAGGGAAAGAUGCUCAUAUUGAGGAAAUCAAGAAGCUUGUGUUAGAGAAGGAGAAUAAGAUAUCUCUACUAGAGAAGGAUCUAACAAACUGCAAAAACGAACUGAGAGAGAGGGAGAAGGAUCGAACAAAAUGCAAAACAGAACUGAGUGAGAGGGAAAAGAGGUUAGACGCUGCUCAGCAAGCACAGGUGACUAUGCAGUCAGAGAUUGAGAAUUUGAAAGCAGAGAUUACUAAGCUGAAAGGAGAUUCCGAAAGGUUGAGAAAAUCUUUUACUAACAUUAAGAGAAAGCUCGAUAAAGAAAAGGACGACUUAAACAGAGAAAACCAGUCGCUCUCUAAACAAUUAGAGGAAGCCAAAGAGGCUGGAAAGAGAACAACAUCUGAUGCCACGGCGGAGCAGGCCGUUAAGGAGAGAGAUGAAAAAGAACAAAAGAUUCAGAUAUUGGAUAAGUUUGUUCAUUCACUGAAAGAUGACCUGAAGAAGAAAGAUGACGAAUUAACUAAAGAGAAAACAGAACGCAAGUCUGUUGAGAAAGUAUUUGGAGACUCCUUGGCCAAAAUUAAACAGGAGAAAACAAAAGUGGAUGAAGAGCUUGUUAAGCUCGAGAGGUAUCAGACGGCAUUGGCUCGACUCUCUGAAGAAUUGGACAAGUUGAAGCAAGCUGAUGGAAAUCUGCCUGAGGGUACUUCAGCUGUCCAGGCUCUCUCUGGAAGCGUAUUGAAUGACCAAGCCGCUGCGUACGUAUCAGCUGUAGACUAUUUUGAACGCAUGGCUCGUACUAUUGUCCACAAUUCUCAAGGUAGCACAAAAUCUACUGGUACGGUGACUGAAGCUUCCCCUGCUACAGUUGAGCCUUCAGCCAUUGUCAAAGCCUCUCCUUCAAAAGCUCCGGUGGAAACUACCCAGCAGCCACCCAAAGAGAAGAGAUUGGUUUCGCUGAAACCAAGCGCUGAGCUCCGCAGACCGGUUAGGAGGAUUAAACGUCCUCAAUUUAUUAAACCAGAGGAACCUCCUCAAGCUGAUGUUGAGAUGCCAGAAGCUGAGGGAGCUGGUGAUGAAGGAAAACAGCCUUCCUCCAAUGUUACAGAGAGCCAAGUAACCACAAUGCCACCACCUUUUCAGACACAUAUCCGUAAACGCCAGGCCGAUCCAUUGGCUUCUGAGCCACAACAAGGGACUCGGGAAACCAGUUCAGAAAUUGCACCACCUGCGCCGAAGAAGCCUAAAGGAUCUGAGUCACAACCUGAUACUACCGAAAGUGAAACCCUCCCUAAAGAGCCAGACGUGGAUGAAUCCAUGGAUGCGACUACUGCCGCUGAGGAUGACAAUGAAGAAGAAACAGAAGCCGAGACUGCAGAGGAGAAAACAGAGGAAACUACGGAAGCACAACAAGAAAGUGAAGCUGAAGUCCAAGAGAAAGCUGAUGAGCCAGUAGAAGAGAAUCCAACUGAGACAGAAACCAUUCCUACCGAAGAAGAGUUUAAGGAUCAGACCGAACAAGAGAAUCAAGAUCUUCUGGCAGACGUGGAAUUUGAUAAAGAAGAAGGAGAGUUCGAUCUAGACACUCUGGAAGAUCUCGAAGAGGCCAAGGAUGUAAUUACACCCACGCAGUCACCAAUUAGGAUAGAGAAAUCAACGGAGGAAGCUGAAACAACCAUUGAACCAGCACUAGAAGAUGCUAAGAACGAUGAAGGAGCUGCUGAAGAAGCCUCUGAUAAACCCGACAAUGGUCACAAUCAACAAGUAGAAGAAACCGAUCUCAAGCCAGAGACCACAAUAGCUACAACUGUCACAGCAUCCACUUCCUCUACUCCAGCUUCUGCAAGUCCAAGCGAAACUCAAGAAACUGAAGAAACGAAGAGAGCAGCGUCGCCAAGCAGAACUAUUAAUAUAGCUGAUAAAGCAAAAGAGCAAGCAGCUCUAAGACAAGCCGGAGUAGCCACUCUAGGUGGAACCCGAACUCCUUCACCAGGCAACCGAGCUGCUUCAUCAUCCCUCCUCAGAGGUCGUGGCCGAGUUGUAAACACUCGAGGAGGAAAUCGACUGAAUACUCGUGGUGGCCGAACCCCACGUGGUGGUGGUGCUGGACGUGGACAACCCCCGAGCCAGCCGUGAUCUGUUUUGGGUAUGUUUCAUCAUUUUCCCACCUCUUGAGCGCCAUACAGGAUUAGCCAGGCAGGCACGUUGAAGAGAAACUUUAUGGUCGUAGAGAACUCAUUUCAUGUCUAAACCUUGUCUACAUUUUGUCCUCCGAUUUUCAGAUUUCACUAUAAAACCAGUUUCUAUUGAUU